AUGCUCGCCGCGCUUGUCGCGACGUGCGGCGUAUCCGGCGCCGCCGUUCAGGCACGCCAGGAGCACCAGGCAGCGCAUCUCGUCGCGGACCUCGACUACGGCAGCUUCCAGGGCGCGUACUCCCAGCAGUACAAUAUCUCGUACUGGAAGAAGAUCCCGUACGCCGCGCCGCCCGUGGGCGAGAACCGGUUCCGAGGACCCCAGCCCCCAGCGGCCGUGGAGGGCGGCGUGUAUGACUCUAGUCAACCGUUUGAUAUGUGCCCUCAGCGGACGGUGAACGGCUCGGAAGACUGCCUGUACCUCGGUCUCUACUCCCGCCCUUGGACUAGAGGCGAACCUCUGAAGCCUGUUGUCGUCACCUUUUACGGCGGAGGUUUUAUCUCGGGCUCGGCUUACUUCAACAUCCCGCCCACGGCGUACCCGAUUCUCAACGUCUCAAGUUCUUCCGACAUGAUGUUCGUGUACCCCAAUUACCGAACCAACGCCUUCGGGCUCCUUCCCGGAAAAGAGAUCGCAGCCGACCCAGAAUCGGACUUGAACCCGGGCCUUUUGGACCAAGAGGCCGUGCUGAAGUGGACAAAAAAGUACAUUCAGCAGUUUGGCGGCAACCCGGACGACGUGACGGUGUGGGGUCAGUCGGCGGGCGGCGGCAGCGUCCUGGCUCAAGCCCUCGGCAGGGGAGGGAAGCAGAAGCUGUUCCGCAAGGCGAUGGCGAGUAGCCCAUUCUGGCCCAAGACAUAUGCCUACGACAGCCCCGAGGCGCAGGCUCUUUAUGACGAGCUCGCCGCCCGCACAGGAUGCGCUGGCCCCGACAGCCUGGCUUGUCUAAAGAAGGCCGACGUGCAGACCAUCCGAGACGCCAGCCUCGUCAUUUCAGGCUCCCACGUAACAAAUACGUCGUCCUUCACCUGGUCUCCUGUCAUUGACGGGGACUUCUUGCAGCAGCCGUUGUCCUUGGCAGCCGCUGCCGGCAAGGUGAACAUGGAGCUGGCGUUCGCGAUGCAUAACACGCACGAGGGCGAGAACUUUGUGCCCGCUGGUCUCCAGAAUACGACGAGUGUUGGAUCGCCGCCUUUCAACUCUAGCGAGGCCUCAUUUGAUGAGUGGUUGAGGGGUUUCCUCCCCGGCUUUGGCGACUGCGAGAUCGAAGGCGUGAAGAGGUUGUACCCUACGUCCGGAACCGCCGAGACGAUUUCGUAUAAUGAAACCUACGUGAGAGCAGGUCUCAUCUACCGGGACGUCGUCUUGUCGUGCCCGGCCUUUUGGUUUGCUGGCGCCGCGCCAAAGGGCGGAUGGCUUGGCGAAUACUCGCUUGACCCAUCUAGGCAUGCCAGUGAUACCGUUUGGUGGAACCAGGUCAACGCAGUGCAGAAGUCGGAUCCCGCCCGUUACCAAGGGUAUGCUGGCGCUUUUGCUUCCUUCUUCCAGACCGGCGACCCCAACACUCUCAAGUUAUCUCCUUCGGCGGCGGCAGGCGUUCCAUCUCUCAAAGAUAACAACGAAUGGGUGAUAGACGCGACAGGUUUCGUGGCUGUUGGACUGGACCAGUUGAAGAGGAGAUGCAACUUUUGGAAGAAGAAAGCGGCGAAGAUACCCCUGUGA